UCUGAUGUAGUGUUUGCUCUCUGCCAGGGUGAGGCGCUGCAGACAGGAAGUGAAAUCAGGCAGGUAGAGGUGGCGACCUGGUCCUGUGGAGUCUGGUGUGUGUGUGUGUGGGAUAAAUAAUGCAAAGUCACCUCUGUCAUGUUUAACCUGCCGCUUCAAUUAUUGAUCAGGACUCAGUCAUGUGGGUGGAGAGUAAACAGGAAGAGGAGGGGACGUCAGCUGAAACCAGUUCAACACAGUUCAACCCUGUUUACUGAGGCCCACUGAUAAAGAUCCAUUAAUAAACAAGAGGUGACCCGGACAAGUGUGACAUCUGGGGGAACACGCCGCUCCACCUGGCAGCUGCCAACGGUCACCACAACUGCCUAUCCUUCCUGGUGGCGUUCGGUGCCAACGUGUGGUGUCUGGACAAUGACUACCACACACCGCUGGACAUGGCCGCCACCAAGGGCCACAUGGACUGCGUUCGCUACCUGGACUCCAUCGCCGCCAAGCAGAUCACCCUGAACCCGAAGCUGGUCAGCAAACUGAAGGACCGGGCGUUCCGAGCUGCAGAGCGCCGCAUCAAAGAUUGUGCAAAGCUGCAGAGGAAGCACCGAGAACACAUGGAGAGGAAGUUCAUGAAGGAGUCGGCGGCUUUAGACAACCUGGACGCUAUUAGCUUUUCUAGCUACACCAGCAGCAGCACACUGAGCCGCAAGUUCAACACUGUCACGUCUAACAUGCCAUACUCACAGGCCACUCUGCACUCCACAGCCAAGGGCAAGGCCAAGAUCCAGAAGAAGCUGGAGAAGAAGAAGCAGGUUGACGGAACGUUUAAGGUCUACGAGGACGGGAGGAAAAGUGUGCGCUCGCUGUCCGGCCUGCAGCUGGGCAAUGACGUCAUGUUCCUUAAGCAGGGCACCUACACCAACCCCAAGCAGAGGUCACGCCUCAACAUACGCUACAUGUUCCCCGGGGACAACGAUGACGAUGCUGACACCGUCUCCCGUGCCAUGAGCGACCCGGGCCUCCACGAGGCUGCGUACUCGGAGAUCAGCGCAGACUCCGGCCGUGAUUCGCUGUUCAACCGACCUGGACUUGGCACCAUGGUGUUCAGGAGGAACUACCUGAGUGGGGGCAUGUUUGGGAUCGGGGCACAAGACGAGGGGAGUGUCGUGGGCAGUGAACCUGUGGGCAGGGCGCCUAAUGUUCGUCUACGUGGACAUCUGCCUCGCCGCUCGUCCAGUUUUGACAGGGACAGUAUCGGCAGCGCCUUGAGCCUGCAAGAGAGAAACCAGCAGGAGCUGCCCUGGGAGGAGGCGGAUGUUGGACUGGACGAGGACCUGGAACCAGAGAACAGUCCUCUGGAGACGUUCCUGGCCUCGCAGAGCCUCGGUGAGUUCAUGCCGAUCUUCAGGAGGGAGAAGAUCGACCUGCAGGCUCUGCUGCUUUGUUCAGACCGGGACCUCUCCAGCAUUCACAUCCCUCUGGGCCCCAGGAAAAAACUGCUGGACGCCUGCAAGAGACGUUUGGACACCAUAGACGAACCAGAGGCCAUUGAAGACACUGAGCUUUGAAGGUCAGCGAGGGGACAUUUACAUUUUAAUUUAACAGUGAAUCUCCACUGUUCACACGUCACUGAUACUGUGAGACACACUGUGUUCGCACCCAUCAGCCCAGGGAGGGAUUUCACUGGGAUGACGGACAGCAGGGAACUGUGAGGUCAUCAAUCAGAGUGUGUGGAUUCUAAAUUAAUGCAGAUGAUUUGGCUUCACUUUUAGGAGCCAUCAUGGCGUCCAUCUUUAUUUACAUUGUAAGGUUUGCAUGACACCACAUUGCAGGCUGAAUAGCUCCACCUUGUGGUGCGUCACGAUACAGCAAGGUACGGUUUUAAUCAGGAGUCUUCAAAGCCACUUUAGUAGCAUGACACUUCAUUUUUCUUUUUAUAAGAAAGGACAAGAUGUUAUUAUUUCUCUGAACUGGACGUCGGUCUCCUCCAGUGAAACCUGAAUGUUGAUGAGUAUCUGUAUUUACACAAUACUGGAUGAACUUCAAUGAUUGAAAAUGUUGUUUAUUGUGUAUUUUUUGUACAGUUUCCUACUUUUAACAGGUGAUUUUACGUUUGGCAGAUAAAUUCUGACUGUGCUGAUCCAACAGUAAAAACUAUGAGAUGUUACUGUGACGUGAUACGAGUGUGUAUCAGAUAACACACUGUUAUUAUCUCUGUGGAUCUUCACUUCAGAGUGUGAGUCUGUGCAUGAAUGAAGGUCUCGACCCUCUGAUGACGUGUCUGCAGACGAGAUGAUCUUUUAAUAAAAUAAAGUGA